CAAAAAUCAAAAUACACACCGGUCAACCGUCAGCUGUGGCAAUCAGUGCAAGGAAACAGCACGACCAGCCGGCAUCCAUCGUGCAAAUCCAGCUGUGAUAAACAAGCAGAGCGAUCAUUUUGGCAGCUCCAGUAGUUGCUGGCGUGUUUGUUGAUUGAAAACAAAAAAAAAGUGUAAUCCAUUUGUCGACGGUUCACCCACUAAAAGCCCGCGGAAAGAUGAACACCGAACCAGAACCGAUGGAUACGGACGAGGUACCGGAGUACGAGAGCAGCUCAUCCAGGGACGCAAACCGGGUGCCGCGAGUCCGAUCAUCCUGCAGCAUACGAAAGUUAAACGUGCAGCCGAAAAAAGACGGCAGACGGUACACCAAGAACAACUCGCCUGGCAAACGUUCAGGCUCGAUGGUAUGGAAAAUUCUAAAAUCGCUACUGCUCCUUGCUGGCAUUGGCACGCUGGGCAUCUAUCUAGGAGGCUCUAACCAUUUCUACCAAGAGCUUAAGCACCAGUACCACAUGGCGCACGAGCGGUUGGCACAGGAAAUGAGCGCCCUCUGCUCGAAGCGGCCCGCCAACUUCACACCGAUCCUGCAGGCGGUGGAAGGCGUGGUGAUUGGCCAGCCGCAUCUUGCCGCCGAACUCGGCCACUGGUUCCAGACGGUGGGCAAAACGCCUCUCACCUGUGCACUGUUCGUGGGCGGUACGGGAGUGGGCAAAAGCCUGACGGCCAGCCUGCUCGCGAAGCACUACCCGUACCCGGCGAACGUCCUGCACGUGACCGGCAGCGAGUACAGCGACGAGCGGAAGCGUUACGCCGCAUUCAAGGCGACGCUGUUCCGGAUACAGCGUGCCGCGCUCACGCACGGCAACUGUGCCCACUACCUGCUGGUGAUGGACCACGUCAGCCUGGACGGGGCGCGGCUCGUGACGAGGAUAUGCGAUCGGUUGCGUGCAAUUAGCAGGCAGUACCAUCUGCAGCUACAGAUGGUAUUUGUGUUUCAGGCGGAGGCAACGCGCAAGCUGCGGCAAGCGACCCUUCUGGCGGCGUCCAUACCCGAGGCGCGGCUGUUCGAGUUUAGGCCGAUCGGAAGCAGCGAGCUGGAGGAAUGCAUUCGCCGGGAAGCGGACAAGCUGGGCAUGGAUCUGGACGGUACCGGCGGGUUCGUCGUCCAGCAGGUGGCAAAACAAAUCAACGCUACUCGCCAUGGCUGCAAGCCGGUGCGGGCCAAGUUGAGCUUGUACUCGUUGGAGCCGAACACACUACAACUCUAAAACCGUGAAGGCACCACGCCUCGCGCCCACUACCUGAGCUGUGUUAAAAUACAUUCCCAACUACAAA